GAUUCUGAUGAAAAAGAGAUUGAUCACCAAAAUAUUAAACCAACAUUAUUGUUGAAAAACUGUUUACAAGCUGCAGCAGCAAGAAUUUAUGAUGAGUCAGCUGAAGUCGACAGAGCCACGAAACGUAUUGAAAUAUUGCUAAAAUGGUUGCCCGAAGAUAAUUCACAAGAAACAGGUUUGUAAAUCGGUUAAAUUCCACAUAACUGUUGUAUAGUUAUAUAUAGUUACUCGGGCUUUCCGCAGGAAAUGCCCGAGUUAUAAAAUGGGCUUCGUAUUCUUUUCCACGUUCAGUCGCAAAUCGCAGUCAUGUCUUUGACACGCAUGUGCAACGACACGUCAUUCACCACGGAAAGAGUGUGUUGCACAUGUCAACACAAUAAGCUCAACGUGCAUACAAAAGAUGUACACACCGUUCAUGGUAGACGUAUACUAAAAGAUUUCGAGCUUUUUCGGGACAGGUAGGUCCCCGAACAUUAUGAGAGAUCAAUUUAUAAGAGAUCAAUUUAUAAGCGAACAUAUAUAUGAGGGAACUUUUCAUCGAGAAACAUGCUAUAUCAACUGAGCUAUGUUUAUGCUCAGUUUGUGGCUAAAUUUAUGACCAUAUCACACCUUACGUCAUCAAAUAUCCCAUGUUCCCCCGUGAACAUGGGGUUGAAUAUUAUUCGCGUAGACCACGCGAGACAACCUUUGUUUUUUGCAAAUUUGAAAAAUGUUGUCAUUAAGAUUCCAAACGAUAUGUGAUUCGAAAGAAAAGCGACGAUACUUGCGUUAAUCCAAAAACAAAACAUCGUAUUCACGAAGGCAUGUGGCAAGUUUUACAUUCUUGGAGACUUUUAAUUUUCGAUAUAAUAUAUCAUUUAUAGACCCUCUGCUCGGGGGCUUCGGCGAAAUAUUACCCUCAGUGAUGAUAUUUCAUCGGCGAAAUAUUACUCUCGGUGAUAAUAUCAUCACUUCGGGUAAUAUUUAGCUGAAUCCGCCAAAUCUCUGGCAACGAUAGAGAAGGAUAUGUGCGAAUCUCAUCAUGUAUCCAGAGGUGAUCGUGAACCGACUCACGUAUAUCGUUCCAUGUAUACUCAUGUCAUCUGCGGUGUAUUGUUAUGUCAAUAGAAAGCAUGAAAAUAGAACAAAGUUUUGUUUGACUGUUGUGAACAAAUUUCUCACAGUGGACCAUUGUGUAAGGGAUUUGGGAAUUGAAAAAACCACGCUUCAAUUAUUAAUGAUUUUUUAAGCAAAUACAGGGUGUCCAAAAAAACGAAAACUAUUGAAAUCACCAAUAACAAUUUAAUUGUUAGAAUUUGAAUGCCUUAGCGCUCUGUUGGUUCCCACGAGUGCAUAAAUGAUUGACAUAAGUAAAUUUUAUGCAUAAAUAAACUGUUUAAGAAGCUGUUUUAAAUUCCCAAGAGCAGAAAAUCGCGGCGCAAAUUACAAGGAGAUGUUCUUAACUAAAUUUUAAUAUAUGCACCUUGUCAAUAUUUUACGCAUCAUUACAUUCAGCUUUUUGGUAGGGCAUUCAAUUUUAACAAUAAGUGAUUUCAAUAGUUUUCGGGUUUUUCGGGACACCCUGUAUAUGUACAUGCCUGGACAACAAUAAAACUUUUGUUAUCAUAUACUGUACUGUACAGUGUGUAACGAAAAAAAGUAUAGCCCUUCAAAUCCAAAUUAACGAUAAUUAUAACUUAAAAGUGAAUAUUUGAUUGUUCUCAAUUGCUUUGAAUUAAUGAUACGUGACACGAAAUGUUUAUUUACAAAAGAGAUCGAUGAGGCCUGUUCUAAACGUCGCAUUUUACAUGUGCAUUCGGAUAGCUGAAAUGCCUCAUUAUCCAUUGUUUUGAAUGCAUUUGGCGCAUGUAAAAUGCGACGAGUUUAGAACCGGCUUUAUAUUAACUCAUUUUAAUGUUGCUUGUACUGUACAGGAUAUUUCAUUGAGUUGUUUGUACAUGUCCAAUAAGUAGAAAGCAAGGGUGGGUUGACUACAAAAUUUUUGUAGUUCGCUAUAACCACAGCUACUUCAAAAAUAUGUAGUCAGCUACAACUACUGCUACUUUUGAACAAAGGUAGUUCGCUACUGACUAUAGCUACUGCUUAAAAAAUGUAGCGAACUAUUUCGCUACGCCUACGCUAUAUUUUUUAGUUCUACUGUAUUUGGAGCAUCUAUAAAACUCAGACUGUAAUGUAACCUAUAACAAAUAGACUUACGAGUAGCAACAGUAAACACAAAGCAGCAUUUUUGUAAUCACUACAGUGCUCAGGAGUGCAAAUUGACAAUUGAGUAUCGAUUUUAAGCAAACCUUAUCUCAAUAUCAUGCUAUUCUAUCAAGUUGUUAAUUUUUAAAAGUAGCGAAUAGCGAUUUGCUGUUUGAAAAGUAGUCAACUACUUGGCUACUUUUAGGCAAAAUGUAGUUCGCUAUAACUACAGCUACUGUUUUAAAAAUGUAGUCAAAAACUACUGGCUACUUGAAAAUUGUAGUUCGCCACAGUAGCGAACUACAACUACUUCGCUACUACCCACCCUUGGUAGAAAGUCUUUUGUUUUACGGCUCGCUAACUUUUUCAAAGCAAUUAUAUAGCUUGUCAGAUGAAUUCAAUAGAAUACGGGGUUUUAAAUUCUGUCUUUUUGUAAUGCGAAUUCGCUUUACAAUUUCAAUGCUGACUUCAAUGCUGAUUGCUUCGUUUUGCGAGUUCAAAAAGCGCACCUAAAUUAAAAUAUUUUAACUUCAAUUAGAAAGAAAUUUUUGGUAAUUUUUCCAAAUCAAAACUUAUAUCCAUAAAACAAUUUUCGAACUAAAUUUUGAAAAAAACUGGGUUUUAAUGCCACUUUACACGCGGCAAUAUUUCCAGCAACUUGCAACGUAAUUCUGACAUAGGCGCAUAUUAUCUAAACAACAGUCACAGUAAUAUAUGGAGUUCGGUCCCAUGUCGAGAUUUACCAGCGUAUUUCUUUAAGAUUUUUCCUCAUUUUGCCUCUCAAGAAAGUGGAAUGCAGACUGUGCUGAUUGCUUCACUGUGAUUGCUGUUUAGAUAACGUCCGUCUAUGCCAGAAUUGCGUCGCAAGUUGCAGCAAAAAUUCCGUCGUGUAACAUGGCCUUUAUUUAUAUUUUCAUUUUCUUUUUCUCAGAAAAGAAAACAGUGAAUAUAUAAAUAUAUUGUAAACAAUUACGUUGAAAACUUAGUUUCUUUUUAAAGGAAAGCCCAAGUACGCAGUUAUGCGUCUAGUUAUAUAUAGUUUGUAGAGACGUACAGGGAUAGUUCCAGCCGGAUUUGCUAGGGGAUGCCAAUCGAGGUUUGAUCGUGGUUCAGGCACUGGUCUGUACUCUUGCAUUUCUCAGUCAUACUGCUUUCUUUUUGUAAUGGCCUUUCCAAAUCCUAAAACAGAAUUUGAUAAGGAACUUGGAACCCCCUGCAGCUGCCCCCUCCCGCCCCCUCCCAGUAAAUCCAUUCCUGAAGACGUAAUAACUUUCGAAUGUUACUGAUCAUGGAUAUAAGAAAAUUGUCACUCUAUUGACUAAGGUUAGUUUUAAUUUAAGAAGGUUGUAAUUAAAGGAAAUUUCGAUAAAAUAACGGCGUGAAAUUUUGGAUGGAAAAAUUUAGAUGGAAAAAGCACGAAUCAUGUAUUCAUAUUUGUAUAGUAACUACAGUCAGUUUCUUAUUACCGUAUCCGAAGCUGUAAAUGGUACAUCUGUAGUUAAUUUCAAAAAUAUUACUAGACAAUCCUAAUUUUCUUCUUAAUUGUAAUUGUAAUUGUAAUUAGUAAUUGUAAUAGUAUUAUGUACAGUGUGUGUAAAAAAACUGAACCCUUUCAAAUUCAAUUUAGCUAUAACGUCUGUUUUUCUUUCAAAUUUUCUAAUUUUUAUUUCUUUGACUUUUCUCCCAUGAGUACAAGACCUUGUUUUUUUUUAUCCAACCAUUAAUUCAAAGCAAUUAGAGCUGUCAAAUUACUACAAUACGUUAUAGCUAAUUUGAACUUGAAAGGGUUCAGUUUUUUUUAUACACGCUGUAUAUAUAUUUUUAAUGUGCACGGCUCUAUGGAAGAGCACAUUUUGUGAAAUGAACUCCGUGUGUAAAUAAAGUUUUAAUGAUAAUAAUAAUAAUAAUAAUAAUAAUAAUAAUAAUAAUAAUAAUAAUAAUAAUAAUAAUAAUAAUGAUAAUAAUAAUAAUAAUAAUAAUAAUAAUAAUAAUAAUAGAGAGAACCUACCCCAUAAGUCUGAAAACAUGCUAAUAACAUGGUUAGGCAAGCUAAGUACCCACACCUACUUGCAUUUUAUUUUAUUUCAUUUCUGGGAGCCUUGUAUUAUUGUAAUUUCUAAAUUUGGCUAUUUUUGGUUUGUUCAUUGUACGUUGAUUGGGAAACAGGUUUUAUAGGUAUUGACUAUUGUUUUGUUUGGUGUUUAUAACUGGCUUUUUGCCUCCAUGGUUGCUUCAAUAUUUUGUUGGUAUCUAAGUUGUUUAAGAUUAGGUGAUCUCUAUACAGCUUAAAGUGAAAGUGCUUUGAUUCACUUUUCGACAUUGAAUUACUUUAAUUAAAAAUUUAUUAAGGUUUAUAACAUUAAAACCGAACUCAAGCUGGAUGGCAACUAAACUACAGUUUUAAUAUUUAUUUUUAGAGUUUUCCAAAAUCCUUGCCACCCGCGUUCACAAAUUACUCCGGCAACAAGACGAGAACUUAUGCCAUAAGAAUCAUAGACUGUGGGUACGGGAUGAAGCUCUGCGUCAAGGACAUCUUCAGGAAACUGGAACAUUCAGAAAAGCGUUAUGGCAGAAACUUUCCUCGAUUGUUUCACCAAUGUUAUCUGAAGUGAUUGCGUACUGUGAUCAAAAUCACAACCUCGAUUUGCUAGGCGAAGAAAAGGAGUGGAAAACAAGAUUGUGGCUAACACUAAUCAAUGAAGAAGCAAUUACGCCUCUAAAUUAUGAUUCUUUUACUUCUCCUGUAUCUGGUAGAGUAAGAGAAAGAGCUCUUGUUUCGAGUACUGGAGUUGGAUAUUAUUUUAGUGGGAAAUUCCCAUUUUCAUGGAUUAUUAAAGAUAUGGUCAACGUUCUUUUGCUACAAGUUGGAGGUAGGUAGUCCCAUAUUUCAUGUUUGAUAUCAGAACUUUUUGGUCUUGAUAUAGCGGGAAAAUGAUACCGAUAUCAUUAUUGAUUGACCUUGUUGAUUAGAGAGGAAAAUUCUUUUGUGGAAAUUUGAAUGAAAUUAGAUUUCAAUUUUCAAAAAUGGAAAAGCCUGUGUUCACGAUGUUAUUUUAAAUAACGUGAACUUUCUACAUAUUACAUAGCAAUCAUGUUUAUCCAGAGGUGAAAAACAGUAUUUUAUUGGAAUUUUACCACCAAUAUUUAGCUUAUUCCGCGAGAAAAGAUAAAUCACGACAACCAUGGAAAUAAAGACACACUAAUGAAAGAAAAUCAAGAGGUCAAACAUCACAAGAGGACUUCAAUUGUUAUUGAUUCGCAUGGUAAAAUAUAACCAUGCGCAAGUUGACUUGCUCUUUUGUAUCAUUGUGUUAUUUUUUCUGAGGUUAUGCAUGUUAAUAUGUGCACGAUCACGGUGAUUGAGCUCACUGUAUUUUCGUAUAAUGAAAUAAUCGUCUAAUAGGGAUAGCUGAGGUGAAACGUGUAACGGUGAAUAAUAUUUAAUAGAGCGAGACAAAGGAUGUGAGGUACAGUUCAACUUUAAACAAAGAUCUUGCAUUUUGUGACUUUGAAGUCUACGGGGCUUCCAGGUCAUCAUAUCUUCAGUGCGAGGACCUUGGAAAAAUUCACGACUGUUGAUAAAGCGUUGUUUGUCAUGCACCACCGUGAGAUUCGAACCCACAUGCUCUGACGUGCAAUCGCGCCACCAAAGCACUUACAAAUACGUCGUCUGCAUUUCAUACAAACUUUGUGUUGCGUAAGAUUUUUUAAAUUUAUUUUUUAUCAUUUAUAGCUGAUCCUUCCAAGACAUUGAUCUCAUUAAGAGGUGUUUUUUACUCAUCACCCCUUGGGCAAUUAUUAAAGUUUGCAUUUGAGGAUAAAAAUAUUAAAGAAGAAGCAGCAAUGAACUACUUGAAUGAUUUCCUACAUAUGAUGUACAAACCUGUCGUGGAGGGUGAAUUACAGGUAAUAUGUAGCGAAGAGUGGAAACUGUGAACUUGUGUGUAUGAAGCAACUACCUGACAAUAAGAACAAACUUCGGGCAAAAGGCCUUCGUCUGAAGGUUCUAGUCUAGGUAGUGAUGAACGUUUUUAUAAGCUUGGUUGAAGGCUUUAGUUUCUGAAAAAUAAAAACCGAUUUUGAAUUUUAAUGGCUGAAUUCUCAAGGUUUAAAUAAAUAUUUCGAAAUUAGUUAUGUUUGUAAGCUGUUUGGAACAUGAUACGCCGAACUUGAAUAUUAAUACGAACAUGUGGUCACGAAUGUGCGGAAAAUACCCCCCUCAUGUAUAAGGCCUGCUGUCCAAUUUAAUACGAAGGACACAGAUUUGGGUGGUUUGAUGGAAAUUAGUGUUCGUCGAUGAGGAGGAUGGUCGUGCAUCUUUGAGGGUAUUAGAUUUAUGUGACUAUUUUAGUUGUAAGUAGACUGAAUAGGAAUGUCAACGUACCUGUUGAUAGUGUUUUUGUCUAUGCUGUGCCAUGCUAUAUUCUAUAUCUAUUCUAUCUAUUAUUUCUAUGGGUGGUAAUCAUACAAAAUGGAAGAAUUAACACGCCCUUUUUGAAAAUUACGUCACAAAGAAUUGCGUGGGAACCUCUUUCUCAUGAAUCAAAACUGAAAGCUAUUCGCUCACAAUUCGUGAGAACAAAUACACCCUUUCAAUAAUUACGUGUUUCCUGGUUCACUGGUUGCCUUUAAAUAGGCCAACCAAUUUACUUAAAUUUAAAUUACUUGUAAUUGUCUAAUCCCCAGUUUAUUUACUCUUCCACAGUUGAUAUCCGAUGCUGUGUUUGCAGCUGCGGGAAAAUUACAUCAGUCGCUGUAUGAAAACGAGGAAUUUGAAUUGGAUAUUCCUUUUAUUCAUUUUACCUACUCCUUGAUUCAAGCUCGUUUGGUAAACUUUUCUGAACUUGUUCAUGCUUUUCCUAAUCUGGUUCAAACAAUAUUGACAAAACGUGAUCAAUUGGAUGUUGGUGAAAUG